AUGUCCUCAGAACAAAGUUUCUCUUAUGGUGGUUUCCGAGCUUCGGAACUAGACUUACCAACUGAUUCCGAACUUCACGCCAUGGAAAUCCAAGUGCAGAUGGAGGAAUUGAGAGAUGAGGUGCGACAACAGCUUGGCGAUUUUAGGGAGGAGAUACGCUACUUGAAAAGGAUAGUGAGCAUGAUGGGUGUUGUUGGAGUUGUAGUGAUGUCGUUGAUCGGGGUUCGUGUUUGCGUCGACUGCAGUGGAUGGGGAUUUUGGUGGGUGUAG